GUCACUCAGGUUCAUUCAGUCAACACAAAAAUAAUACUUGUAUACAGUCAAGAACUAAUGAACAUGAGGGAGAGAAAGUUCCCCCGGUCACUGCAAGGGAUUUGAAGAAGAUUUACCAGUCCGGACUUAUGGACCCUCUUACUCCAAAUGGACUAUUCAACAAAGUCCAGUUUGAAGUUAGACUCCAUUUUGAUCGGCACUAUGAAGUUACAUCAGAUAUGUCUGAAAUGACAAAGUCUUCAUUUGAAAUCAUCAACGACUCCAAGGAAAAUUUACAGUGUGUACGAAGAACUGAAAAUGAAACGAAAUCGAAAGAAAAUCAGAUAGUUAUCUAUGAACUUCCUGAUUCGCCAUAUUGUCCUGUUCAAUCAUUUAAAAAGUAUAUAGAGACACUUGAUCCAUCCAAUGAGGUUCUAUGGCAGGUCCCAAGGAAUUCGGUAAAGACAGACGACCUUGUCUGGUACGAUGGGACAGCUGACAUUGAUUCUCUGUUGAAUUUUAUGACAGACCUUAGUCAUAAAUGUAAAUUAUCAAAAGUCUAUUCUAACCGCUCUAUUACAGAAACUAAUGUGGCGAGUGUUAUUGAUACUAUAACUAAGUGUUACUCUACUCCAACCACUCCAGAAUCUAAAAAUAGUACAGUUUCAAAUAUUAGAAUUACAGAUGUGCAGCAUGUAUCGGAAGGAACAUAUAAUGGGUCAGAAAUUAUAUGUCCUGAGAUUACCCCUAUAAAACUAGAGGCUCUAGAAGCGUGGAACAGCACAGUUUUAAGUCCUCAAAUUAUACCUGUAACACCAGAGCUGGCAGGAACAUGGAACAGCUCAGUUGCAUAUCCUGAAAUCACACAAGUAAGACCAGAGCUGGCAAGAACUUGGAACAAAAUAGGUUUAAAUUCUGAAAUUACAUUUGAAAGGCCUGAUCUGGCAGGGACUUUAAAUAGUCCAACUGCUAGAGGUCCUGAAAUUAUCCCUGUCAGACUAGAAGCUGCUAAAACAUGGAACAACUCAGUUACACCUUCUGAAUUUACAAAUGUAAGACCAGAUGUGGCUAGAACAGUGAACAAUAUCAUGAAUACAUUUACAAGUCCUGAAACUUCACUUCAAAGUUCAGAUUCGACACAGACUUUAAAUAGUCCAACUGCUAGAAGUCCUGCAAUUAUCCCUAUUAAACUAGAAGCUGCUGGAACUUGGAACAAAUCAGUUAUACCUUCUGAAAUUACACAUGUAAGACCAGAGCUGACAGGAACACUGAACAGUAAAAUUACACAUCCUGAAAUUGCACAUGUAAGACCAGAGUUGGCAGGAACAUGGAACAACACAAUUACACAUGAGCAAUCAAUGCUAGCAGGGGCAAUCAGCAGCUCAAUUACAAGUCCUUACAUGAUGCAUGCUAGACCAGGGGUAUUGAACAGAACAAUUACAAGUCCUGAAAUUAUAAAUGUAAGAACAGAGUUGAUGAAAGACAGGAGUAACACAUUUCCAACUCCUGAAAAUAUGUAUGUACCAUCAAUGCCAGCUGGAGAUGUUCAAAUUGUAGAUAGAUCUAAUAGAAUUGUGGAUGCCACUCAUCAGAGUGGGACGAAAAUAAAUAAAGAUGUAUGCAGUUUGUCUACAGAGUCGAAGGGUGCCACUCAUCAGAGUGGGACAAAAGUAAAUAAAGAUGUAUGCAGUUUGUCUACUGAGUCGAAAGAUAAUGUUCCACUGUAUAGAAAAGUUAUGGAAUUUGUAUCAUCAGAUACUGUAGCAGAAGGUGCUGAUUAUACAAUUCUUUGUCACAAGGAAAGAACUGAAGAGAAGAAAAAUCCACCACUCGAAUCAUCACAAACAUAUUUCACCAAAAAACAAAUAGAAAUACUUGAAUCACACUUGAUUAAUGGAAGAAAUCCCGACUCUAAGAUCCUAGAUAUAUCUGAAGAAGCUGGAAUAAGCAUACAAGCUGCAGCACUUUGGUUCCAAAAUGCCAGUGAUAAUGCAGCAACUCAACAACAAGGAGUGAAGAUAUUAGAUCAACAGAGCUGUGUACAAGAAAGUGAUGAAACCCUUCACAGCAGAAAUGUAGACAAGAAGGGAACAGAAUCAAGAGUAGGAACAGUGAACCAGUCAGACAAGAAGGGAACAGAAGCAAGAGUAGGAACAGUGAACCAGUCAGACAAGAAGGGAACAGAAUCAAGAGUAGGAACAGUGAACCAGUCUUUGGAUUAUGCAGAUGAUAAAGUACCAUUACAUAUGGAGGUUGAUGAACUUAUAUUAUCUGAUAGUUUUGAGGAGGAAGAAGAAGAUUUAGAGACAGGUCUUGUUUCACCAGAAACAGAUUACACAGAAAAAACUAAAAGUGGAGGGACACGAAAUAAACAUAGUCGUCGUGGUCAACGUACUUUGUUUAGGGAGAAACAAUUGCAAGCGCUCAAAUAUCAUUUCUUACAGGAUCAAAAUCCUCACACAUACACAAUAAUAGAGAUAGCAAAUUCUAUUGGAAUCAAGGAACAAGUGGCAAGAGUAUGGUUCCAAAAUGCAAGAGCUAAAAGACGGAGGGAAUUAAAGAUGAAAGAGAAACGACGAAAUUUUAUUAGAAACAGAAAUUUUGACAUAAAUCCAAAGUUUAAAGGUCAACAGAAUAAAUUACCAGGCUUGGAUUGUAGUACUUCUACUAUGUACAUGUAUGAAGGAUACAAGGCAGAUAAAAGCAACCAGUCUGGGUACCAGACCAAGUUGUCUGACAAUCCUCUUGACAUGAUGUCAGUGGUUAACAUCAAGACAGAACCAAGAGACAUUGGUGAAUCUGGAAAAGACUCAUUGAUAGAAAUUGUAGAUGAUAGCUUACCAUGUCUAAGAAGUAGUGGACAGGACAUGCUAUUUAACAGCUUACAAAAUGAGGACAAAGGCUAUGAGAACAUGGAGUGUCGUGUUGUUCCAGAACAUAUGAAAGUUGAAGAAUUUAUAGCAUCUGAUCAAUUUGAUAAGAAAGCUCUUCCAUUUCUAAACAAAGAAUCUACUGCUAAACCUGCUGAGGUCAGGGUUACAGAAGAAUUGAUUAUUACUGAUAUCAGAGAGAAAGAGAUUGGAGAUACCGUGGACAAAGAGAUGGAGUCGGUAACAUUGGCCAUUCAUACAGCUGAUACAAGGAUAGGUGAAAUUAUAGGCAAGACUAAUGGAAUAGACUUGAAAUAUAAGGAGAAUAUUCUUGACUCAUGUGCUGACCUAAUAUCAGCAUUAAACAUAUUAAUGGAGAAAACAAUAGAGUUGGAAAGAGAAAUAGUGACACAGGGCAGGGCGAAAUCUUCCCAAAAUGAAUUUUAUAAGAACAGUCAUAGAUGGACAGAGCGUUUGUUAUCAAUAACUAGAUCUGUGGGCUUAGGGGUCACAGCAUUGAUUGAAGCUGCAGACAAACUAGUAAGUGGAGAGGAGAAUUCUGGGAAGAUAAUUGCCUAUUCUAAAGAAAUAGCACUUUGCACAGCUCAGCUGGUGGUAGCAUUAGAGGUUAAGUUGGAAAGACGAAGUAAAAAACGGGAAACGUUAUCAGAGGCAUCAAAUAGGGUUACUCAGAAUGUUGGAAUAAUUGUUGGUUUAGCACAGGAAGGUUUAAAGGAUUUUGGAGAACAAGAUAUUAUAUUACCAGGACCUAGUGGCAUAAAUACAAGUAUAAUAGAUAUGACAACGAAACCACAAAUAGGAAAAACACAUUUCCGAACUUAUUUCAAUCCAGAACAAUUAAAAUUACUGCAGUCAAUUUUCCUUCUAAUACCUUUUCCUAACACAGAUACAGUGAUAGAGAUAGCAAAACAAAUUGGGUUAAAGAAACAAAUCGUACAAAGUUGGUUCAGAAAUGCCAGAGCUCGAAGUAGGAGAGAAAAUUGGACAGAUGACCAACAAGUUGAUCAACAAAAUGCUGCUGUGAAUGAAGAAGAUUUUAUUGAUGAAGAUUAUGAUGACAAGAAAGAACAUAUACUGAAUGAGUCAAGUUGUGAUAUAUCCUCUAAUAGUCUUGUUACUGUUAAAACUGAACCCGAUCUUAAUGAUGAACUAGAAACACAGACCCCAGAAGUCAUUUCUAUGUUGCCAGAUGACAAAGAAAAUUCUCCAAGUAGUUUGACAAAGUUCAUACAGACUUCACAGUCAGAAACUGGCACAGAUGACACAAUGUCAAGUUCAGAUGCAGUCGUAGAGAUGAAACCUGAAGUGAUGGAUGAUGUUAAUCUUAAAAUAACAAGCUGUCAAUCCCCAGAUAACCUUCAGAAGGAUGAAAGUCAACAAACUACAUUGUUUUAUGAUAACCAUAGAUAUCAAAAUAUUCCAAAGAAAAAGAAGAAUUACAAAAGAAAAGACCGCCCACCAUAUACAUAUGCAUCAUUAGUUCGACAAGCUAUUAUAGAAUCCCCAAAGAGGCAAUUGUCAACAAGUGACAUAUAUUCGUGGACCCUGAGGACAUUCAAACAUUAUGAAACAGAGGCUCAUAUUUUAACAAUGAAGAAUAACAUCAGACAUGCGUUGACUGCUCACGAUUGUUUUGUCCGACUUCCAAGUGAUAAUCAAGGAGUAUGGGCUGUAGAUGAAGAAUUGUUUGACCAAAUGAAAAAACCUCAUAGAAAACUGGAUGCGGAUGACACUUUUUCAUUUACCAGAACAGCACCAAGAAAAACUUCUGAAAUAAACAUUUCUACAGAAAAGACAUCACUUGAACCUGCUGUGACCAUAACUGGUGUAGAAUGUAAGCAAAUGGAACCUUUUGUAUCAAACAUUGCUGACGAACCAACCGUGCUAGAACCCUCUGUAUUAAACACUUCUGACGAACCAACCCUGCUGGACCCAUCUGUAUUAAACACUUCUAUUAAACAGACUUCAUUUGAACCUGAUGUGACCAUCAUUACUCGUGUAGAACUAAAUCAGAAUGGACCUUUUGUAUUAAACACUGCUGACGAACCAACCGAACUGGACCCCUCUGCAUUAAACAAACCUGUUAAACAGUUUUCACUAUUGAAACAAGCUGUAUUAAAUGCUUCUACUGAGCUGACUUCAUUGAAACAGUUGAACGCUGCUACAGACCAAAACACAGAUAUCACUGCCACUUCACAAAACGAAAAGAACCUGGAACAAAAAAGGUUGGUUGACUUAAUGUCAUGGAAUGUACCAAGUAUGGGAAAGACAAAACAACUAAAGUAUGUAAAGAAUAAGUUUGGCAGGGCAAGUCUGGUCCUAGGAGGUUACCGUUACAGUGCAAAGACAAAAAAACACAACAGAAUUUACUGGCGAUGUGCAGAACCAUCUUGUAAAGCAACAGUUAACACACAUGAGGGUCAUUUGGUCAAGGUCGGCACACCACACAACCAUCCAGCCAACCAGACAGGGCGGUUCAAAAUCAAUGAAUCACCAGGACAGUCUCAAGACAAUCACCUGAGUGAAAACGAAUCUGUAUCAGAAGAAAUAGAACCCCUAGAGGGCCAGGAUGUUCCACUUCACUUGGAAUGUGAGGAUGUGUUUUCAGUAGACAGUGAGGAUGAACAAGAAUUGGAAAACUGUGAGUCAUCAGCUUCACAUGACAAUACAUCAGGGGAUUUCUUGGUUUCUCACUAA